AUGUCGACAGACCAAUCACAACAACCAGGAGCUAUGCCGUCGUCGUCGUCGGCAGCGGCGGCGGCGCAAAGGGGAGGAUCGCAACAACCUCAGUCGCAACCGCAGGGACACGCGCAAGGACAAGCACAAGAAACGAACGGUCACAGUCACGAUCACAACCAACAGACAACAAAUACCUCCCAGCCCCAGAACCAGAACGAGUCCCAACAAGAAGAACAAGAACAAGAACAACAAUCCACAACAACCCAAACAAGAAAUCAACCGCAACAACAACAACCAGCAACAUCCCAAGCCCAAUCCCAAGCCCGAUCCCAAAACCAAAGCCAACAACAACCAGAGCCCUCCUCCGAACAACAACAGCAGCAACAACAACCAGCACAACCACCCUCCUCCUCCUCCGAUCAACCCCAACAACAACCCACCCAAGAACAACCCGAACAAGAAGAAGAAGAAGAAGAGCAAAUACUGCCCGGCCCCCGCGCCACCCGCCUCCAACAACUGUUUUCCACAACUCUCCGGCACACCCUCGACAAGAUCUCGCGCGACAAUUUCGCGGCAUGUUACCCUACGAUCGCGGCGCGGGCGCCGGGGACGUUGGAGUUCGUGCAGAGGCAGAUGGUGGAGAGGUUGGGUGUUCAGUGUGAUAAAGAAUUCAACUCCAUCCUACAAGCGCGGCAAGUAGUACCCAAGCUCAACGAGCUCGAGACACUAGUCGGCGAAGCCAACAAGAGGAAACGAGAGGCUGGUGGUGACGAUGCUACUCCUGUACCACCACACACCCUCCCACCAACCACUAUCCUCUCCGCCCACCUCAUUCCCCACCUAACAACCACCCAUUCCUCUCUCACCACGACUCUCCAACAAACGCAAUCCGAGAACCACCAGCUCUUCCAAGAUAUCCAAGCCCAACGGACCGAAAUCGAAGAGUUACUCGCCGUAGUAGAAAAAGCGCUCAAGGAUGUGGAGGGGGCCAACGAGUUAUUGGAAAAUGUUGUAGAGAAGGGAGGCCUGGUGGAGGAGGUUAGGGGUGUUGAUGGGGAAAUAUCUUCUUCUUCUUAG